GGGGGGGGCUGCACAUUGGCAUUUACCAAACAGCCGUGGCACGCCAGCCUCCCUGACAGCACGUCCCCGCCCUCUCUGGAGACAGACAGGCAGGCUGAACUGAGCUGAGAGCAGACUGUGGUGGACUGCCUGAGAAACACGCCCUCACAUCAGCAAGACAAAGUGGAAGAGACUGGAGCUGAACACAUGUCACAAGACACCAAAGGUUGAUCUGGAUAAUGUGACAACAACUUGUUUGGAGUACCGAAGACAAGAAAAUGAUGGAAAGACAAAAUGGGAGUAUCUUGCCGCACAAAGCAACAGAGAAUGGGGUUAAAGGGAAGCCCCCUUACUCAGUGGAAACCCCGUAUGGCUUUCAACUUGACCUGGACUUCCUUAAAUAUGUCGACGACAUAGAGAAAGGAAACACGAUCAAAAGAGUCCCCAUCCAGCGUCGCAGCAAGGGCCCUCGGGCGAGCACUCUUCCCAGGCACCUCAACCCGUCUGGGUGUGGCUACCGCCAGAAUGCCUGGGGAUCUACUGGAGCUCUUGCCCUGAGGUCCCGACUCUCAGAUGCCCAUCAUCAUGGCUACGCUUCCUGGGCAAAUGAUCACAGGUCGCCCCUCUCUCCGACGGGGCUCAAAACGCUAAAUGAGAUGGAGGCCAGAAUCAAGGAGUUUGAUGAGCAACCCCUCGGUGAGCACAUCAGACCUCAUCUCCUCCGCGCCUCCAGUCUGCCUCUCACAGUCCUGCUGAGGCAGGGAUCAGAGUCCACCGACGACCCUGGCAGCCUCCGGAGCUCGAGGGAUCACCUUGGAGGGCGAAACAUCUCCUGCGAGGACGUCUUCUGCUACCCAGAGAGCCCUCGGCCCCAGGACUGCUCGGAGCUGCUGAGGCGCCUGAGAGAGGCCCUGGAACGUGUGGGGGAGCUGGAGCUGGAGAUGAGGGUGAUUCCAGAGCUGAAGGCACAGAUCUGCAUCCUCCAGGAGGAAAGAGAGAGGCUCCGCCUGGGCCUGCAUCCACAUAUCCCACCUACGCCCUCAAUGAACGGAUCUGCAGACCCUUACACCUCAUCCCACUUCAGCACGGUGGACGUCAAAAGGCCUCGGCAUGAAAGUCACAUCACGUUUCCCCGAAAUCACCAUCAGGAGGACUCUAAUCUGACACAUGAGUGGAGGACGAGCACAGAUCUCGAUGAGCUGCUGACGGUGACGUCCCUGCAGGCGAAGGUAGCUGUGCUGGAGCAGAAGCUCCAUGAGACUGGUCAGGAGCUCCAGAGGGCCUUGGGGCUGCUGAGGGAGCAGCGGGAGGAGAGCAGAAAUAAAGACGGAAAGAUUGAGAACCUCAUCAGGAACCCUGGUGUGUGGGUCCGUGCAGAGAGAGUGGUGGUGGACCAGGACGGCGACGAGACAGUGGUGAGGUCCACUGAACCACAUGACAAAGCGUCAAGAAGUUCAGACGCACUCAUCACCGCAAUGACUGUCACCGCAAACGGGCAAAGAAGUCAAAAAGAGUUGUCAGAUGACGGUAAAGACACGGCAGCGGUCGUGCAUCACAUCAAGAAGAUCAAGAGGCUGCUGCAUCAGCAGUGGGAGUGUCUGUGUUCAGGCCAUCAGUCAGGAGAGGACGGGAAAAAUCUAAAGCACCCAGACCCAAAGGUCAACUCUCUGCAGCAGGAGAUGGUGGGACUUGUUGACGUCCUCACCUCGUACUACACUCAGCAUGGACACACUGAUGGAUACAGGCUUCAGCACGCAGACGGAUGCGCCUGGACGUCAGAAAGCGCUCAUCCUGGGGGUGUUGAUGAUGGUAGUGGGAAUCUGGUUGGACAGGGUGAGCAGAAGGAGAGCGGCAUCACCCGGAGGGAGACGGCUGCUGCCCAGGUGGAUGCAGACCUGGAGAAGAGACGGGUGGAGGGAGAGAGGCAAACGAGCCCAGACGGACAGAUGAUAUCGGCGGGAGCCGGAUUGGGGCGGACAGAUGGAGGCGUAGCGUCCGCGGAAGCUCCGGCUCGGGAGAAAACGGCCAAGACGAAACCGCAGCCCCCAGGAGAACAGAUGGAGGGCAGCUCUGGCUCAGAAACCACCACCGGGGGCCGGGAGACAAUGAGUGCAGAUUUUAUGGCUGCUUGUCAGUUCCUUAAAGACCACAUGGACAACAUGGAUAACCCUAAUGGGGACAUGAGGAAGGCCCUGGUCGUGUUGUUUCAGCACUGGUUCAGUGUGGCGGCAGAGGAGACGUCAGAGGCCAGCCGGUUAGCCGUGUGCCUGAGAGAAGUGAAGAAGAGCACGCCCUCGCUGCUGGCCUUCCUGGUCAACAUGGCUGACGACAACGGCAACACGGUGCUGCACUACAGCGUGUCGCACUGCAACUACGGCAUCGUCAGCCUGCUGCUGGACACAGGUGUGAGUGAUGUGACCAUUCAGAACAAGGCUGGUUACACGGCGGUGAUGCUGGCCUGUCUGACAGCCCCCGAUGGCCCAGGUGGCAUGGAGGUGGUCCGCAAGCUCAUGGAGCUGGGCAACAUUCACCUUCGCUCCAGCCAGACGGGCCAGACAGCCCUGCACUUGGCGGUGAGACACGGGCGAGUUGUGAUGGUUCGCCUGCUGCUGAGCUGUGGAGCGGACGCCAACAUCCAGGACAGCCAGGGAACCACGGCCCUGAUGUUCGCAUCUGAGAGGGGCCACACGCACAUCGCGAGGCUGCUGCUGGAGAGGAGCCAGUGCGACCUCACCCUGACUGACAAGCGCGGUCGAACUGCACUCUCUAUCGCCAUGCAAGGUUCCCACACGGAUACAGCCGCCCUCCUGCAGGCUCACGCCAAAGCUCGGGCUUUGGACUGGAAAACUGGGAAAGAAGCUGCAGACAUCUGAUCCUCCCACGUGUGCUCUCUUCUGUGAGGCACUUUGAAAACUUCAUGUUGACACUGUGCGCUUGGGUUGAGCUGUUGCUUUCACGAUACUGUUCCUGAAUCCGUGACGUCGGCGCGAGCAUAAGCGCAUGAGUGUUCGAUGGAGUGAUGCCGUCAUAGCACGGGUAUAAAUAAUCAGCAAAUGAGGGAAAGCUUGGAUGUGUCACAGGAGAUGUUUUCUAUUGCCUUUACUGUUGGUGUUCAUAGUUAGGUCUGAUCUUUGCACAUCUGAAUAGCAGCUUAGCUUUGCAAACUAUGCAAUCAAAAAAUAUAUAUUUAUUAUGAUAUGUGUAAUGUAUAUGUUGACCAUUACCUGAGCUUAUAAUUACUAUCUUAAAGGGGCAAUGUGUAGUUUUGGAGAUGAAAUUCAACUCAGAAUUUUAAUAUUACCAAUAUUAAUGAGGUAAUAAUACAAACUCGUUCUCAGAGGAAAAUAAUCUCCCAGAACACUGUUUGAAGCUAGAAAGAUGGCAGGGUCCGCCAAAUAUAAACAAAGCAAGUUUGUUUGAUUUGUUUAGGUAUUUUAUUUUUAAAAAAUCGGUCUUUAAGCUUCAUCUCUUCUGAUUAAAAUGUCUUCCCCACAACUACAUGGUGCUCCUUUAAGUCGCUUUUUAUGUUUCUAGAGGAAUAUCAUAGAUUGCAGUAUGCAGUCCUGCAGCAGCUGAGCACUUUUUAAAUACAAAGUGUGUAAAAUAUGCCAAAAAAAAAAAAAAGACGUGCCAAAUAUUUUCCCCAUGCUGCAUGCCAAAGAAAUGAAAGAAAUAAAAGAUUUUGGCACCAGUAAACCAGCCUUUUGAUUUUUCUCACUGUAAUCACUAGAGUGAUGUGUAAUA